AUGGCGUCUGUUUCCGAAUCGGCUCUCGCCUCCAUUGCGUCCCAGCUCAGCCUGGUCAUGGGCGCUCUGGACAAGCAGAAUGCUGAGCUCUCUGAGCUUCGCGUCGAGUGCUCUGCUCUCCGUACCCAGAAUGCCAACAUGGAGCGUCUUCUCCAGGACAAUGUGUCCAAGUACGACAACCGCAACCUCAGCCUCUCCCACCCUUCCCCCGGCCUGGAGACCUCAUCGCCUUUCCUCUCCGCCACCCCUCUCCCCCGCGUGGCCUCUACCCUCACCUUCAACCCUCUUGGCGACCAGCCUCUCUUCACCACCGCUUCUCCUGCCUACGAGAUCCCUGGCUUUUACGUCGUCAUUCCUGCUGGUGGUGCCGGCACCCGUCUCUGGCCUCUGUCCCGCAAGAACCACCCCAAGUUCCUGCUCGAUGUAUCUCUGUCCGGCCGCUCUAUGCUGCAGUCCACCUGGAACCGCCUCGUACCCCUGACUGGUUCCUCUCGCAUGACCGUUGUCGCCGGUCCUGCUCACUCCGAGGCCAUCAAGGGGCAGCUUCCCCAGCUCGAGAACAACAACCUGUUCACCGAGCCUGGCCCCAAGGACUCCAUGGCCGCCAUUGGUCUCGCGGCCGCCAUUCUCGCCGAGCGUGACCCCGAUGCUAUCAUUGGCUCCUUCGCCGCCGAUCACAUGAUUUCCGGUGAGGAUGCUUUCCUCGGUGCCGUCCGUGAAGCCGCCCACGUCGCAAAGUCUGGCUACCUCGUUACUAUUGGUAUCGCGCCGUCUCACCCCGCUACCGGUUUCGGUUAUGUCCAGCUUGGAAAGGCUCUCAAUGAUCCCACUGCUCCCACCGCCCGUCUCGUCGGCUCUUUCAAGGAGAAGCCUGACGCCCGCACCGCCGCUAAGUACCUCGCCUCCGGUGAGUACCGCUGGAACGCCGGUAUGUUCGUCACCCGUGCUGCCACCCUCAUGGAGCUUGUCCUGGAGCACUGCCCUGAGCUCCACGCUGGUCUCGUCAAGAUCGCCAAGGUCUGGGACAACGAGGCCGAGCGCGCCACUGUCCUUUCCGAGGUCUGGCCUACCCUGGAGACCAUUGCCAUUGACAAUGCCAUUGCUGAGCCUGCUGCUGCCGAGGGCAAGGUUGCCGUCAUCCCCGCCACUUUCGGUUGGGACGAUGUCGGUGACUUUUCUUCCCUCUCCGAGAUGCUUCCCGCCGAAGCCAACUCUCCCCGUAUCCUCGGCGACAGCGAUCUCGUUGUUCACGAGCAGACUUUUGGUGGUAUCAUUGUUCCUGGCUCCGGCCGUCUUGUUGCUUGCCUGGGUGUUGACGAUCUGGUUAUUGUCGACGUUCCCGAUGCGCUCAUGGUCACCACCCGCGCUCGUUCGCAAGAGGUCAAGACGCUUGUCAAGAAGGCCCAGCGGGCUGGUUAUGCAAGCCUUAUGUAG